CUUGUACUUGGAUCUCUCCUAAAGAACCUAAGUCAACAAGGAAGUUGUAUGGCAUGGCACACCUUUUAUUCCUUCUUCAUUCCUUUCGUCAUUGUCACCAAGCGUUGAAAAAAGGAGUGGUCCAAGUUAAUUACUGCCGGAGAACAGCUAAUGAGUCACCAAGUCAGUCAGAAGAGGAAACUUUCCCUGGAGGAAAACCCAGAGAAUGCAACUGAUCAGCUUUCCUAUGCUUACCUCCCCGGUUAUCAACCCCACACGACUCCAGAGUGCACGCUGACGUUAUUUCAGUGGCAGAUCGAGCAGGAAGCCCGCAGGUAUGAUGGCGUCGCUCCCGAGUUGCUGAGCUCACAGGAUGUGGACGGCGACACAUGUCUCCAUAUAGCUGUGGCUCAAGGGCGAAGGGCUCUGGCGUACCUGCUGGGCUCCAAGAUGGCCGACUGCGGCGCUUUGGAGGUGAAGGACCGUCACGGACAGACGCCGCUUCAGAUCGCUGCGGUGGCCAAUCAACACCUAAUUGUCGAUGACCUCCUGGCGCAUGGAGCAAACAUCAACACCAGAGACUCAUGGGGCCGCUCACCUCUACACGUGUGCGCUGCCAAAGGAUUCUACCUUUGUCUUCAGAGCAUCUGGACGACUUUCUCAGGACGUCUACAGAUGAUUGAUACAGAAGUAUUCAAUUAUGAGGGACUAACCGCGCUUCAUCUUGCGGUUCUGUCUCACAAUGCUCUUGAAAAUGAGUGGAGGAGAAGGCCUGAUACUUGUACCAGGGACCAGGACCAGGACCAGUACCAGCAAAGGAAACAAAUGUAUGCUCUGUGUGUCGAGGCCCUGCUCAACAUGGGCGCCUCCUGUGGGACUGCGGACUUAAAAAGCGGACGGACGUGUUUGCACAUGGCCGCUGAAGAGGCCAAUCAUCAGUUGUUGACGAUCUUCCUCAAGCAGCCGUCUGGGUUGAGCAGUCUGAACAACAAGACUUUCAGCGGCAACACGGCCCUGCAUGUCGUCAGCUCCUUACAAAACCAUCCCGCUCAGCUGGAGGUACUGAAGAUGCUGAUGAGGUGGGGAGCCGACCCCACGGCGAGAAACCUGGAGAAUGAGCGUCCCUGGCAUCUGGUGCCUGAAGGACCCCCCGGUGCGUCAGCUACUGAGAGGAAAGCGCAGCGAUGCCUGAAAGUGCUCAAGAACAGAACACUGUCAGUUAGACAGUCUAACGUAAAUAUUUGCCUUCAUGAUGCAGAUGUUGGUCGUUUCAGUGAAACAAAUCAUUGCGAUGUAAUACUCAAUGAGCAAAUGUAGGAGAUCUUGUUCAUCGUGGUUUUUUUUAUGAUAGGUUUUAGAGUUCUUGCGUUAAGGUACGGGGCAGAUGACUGCUCAGCACACUGUCUCACAGUUCUGUGAACUGGGGUUCAAAUCCCAACCCGCCUGGCUGCAGUUUGCAUGUUCUUUCUCUGCCUCUGUGGGUUUUGGCUGGGUACUCCGGUUUCCUCCCACAUCCCCAAAACGUGCACAAUAGACUAAAUUCUCUUUAGAUAUGAGUGGGAAUGUUUUCUUUUUGUUUUGUGCCCUGGGACCAGUUCAGGGUGUUCCCCAUCUCUCACCUCAAGAUGGAUGGGAUGGACUCCAGCAUGCCUGUGACCCUUGUGAGGAUAAGGGAUUGAGAAAAUUGAUUUUGUUCCCCUGGUAAAGAGAAGUUCUCUUACCUUGCUGAUGGUAACAUAUAGGCAUUACCGGAGAAGGGAAAAAAAAAUUCUCAACACAAGAACUCUAAAAUUUAGCAAAUAUGUAAUACUCAAAUUUGUGUGUUGUAUCUACUUGUGUGGGUUUCUGUGAUGUAUUGCAACUACAAUUAACUUGGGAUUGUGGCACAUAACGAGAUGGGUUCAAGUCCAAACUAUUCACUUAAGCACGUUUGUGUAUUUCAUUUUUCUUUCCAUAAAUGCAAAAUGUUUUAAUUUUUUUUUAACUAUUGAAAUGAAUGAUUGAUCUUCAACACUCAAUAGUACUGAUUCUAAAUAGCAACUAUAAGAUUUAUAUAGAGUGGAUUUUCCCCAGUCUCUUUAUCAUUUUAAAGUUAAUAAAAAAAAAACAUCUGAUUAAAUAUCUAAACUUGCCUUUUGUUGAGAACGCUGAUCACUCCAUGCAUUUCAUUUAUGACUUUAAAUAUCCACACCACCUUCAUCCAUUAGAAUACCAUCUAUUCUUGUGAGGAAAAAUGCAUUUGAACAUCUUCAAAUGAAGAGGAUGCAUCAACCAGGUAAAUAUUUUUAUAUUUGAUUCUGAUACCUUAAACUGAACAAGUCUAUGGGGCACAUAUCAUUAAGUCCGAAAAGACCAGAACAAGAACAUUAACAACUGCUGAAAUAAACAUCUGAAGUUACGGAAAGGACUCAAGACAGUGUGUUGGUUCAACAUAUGGCACAUUACAUUUUUCUUUCAUGUUUCAGAGGUAUACUUUAUAACGGCACACAAUAAAAUCUAAACUUCA